AUGUGGAAGAUUGCUCGUCACCUCCUUCUCCUGGUGUGCUUGCUCUGUACAGUGAGCUGCCACCAGAAGAAACCUGGGCACUAUCAUGUUGUAUUGAAAGAUGAUCUCGAUACGAAACUCCAUGACCAUAUCGCCUGGGUCAACGACAUUAACCUAAAAAGCGGCUCGGGGCAUCAUGGAGUCAAGCACUCAUAUGAUUGCCUCAUCGGCAAAGGAUAUUUUGCGCACAUCUCUGGCAAAACAGCAAGAGAGAUUGAACAAUCCGAUGAGGUCCUCCAUGUUGUCCCACAGUCCACGUGGUCCCUUGCGUCAGUACCAUCAAAAGAAGAUAUCAUUGUUGAUGAUAGAAUAGAUCCCAAAAACUGGGCUCUUACAGCAAUCUCUUCGAACCCACCAAAAAUCAAAGGCCCAUAUAAAUAUCACGCGUCCCAGGCCACUGGAACCUACAUCUACAUUGUAGAUACUGGCAUUCAAUCUGACGAUGAAGAGUUUGAAGGGCGCGUGGAACAUGGUUGGGGUUACACUCCUGACGGCGAUCUUGACAAGGGAAAGCUCUACGGUGACCUAUUUCAUGGCACUUUUGUGGCCGGAAUUGCAGGAGGUCGCCGUCAUGGAGUUGCUAAAAAUACUACUUUGGUUGAUGUGAAAAUUGGGCGCGACGAGCGAGGAGACGAUGCAAUCUGGGAUGACACCGUUAUUAAAGGGCUUUGCUGGACAGCGGAUAAUAUUAAGCAGCACAAACGUGCCAAAAAAGCCGUUGUUAACUUGUCACUUAGUGUUGACCAAUUAGAGUGCCUUACUGCACUGCAUUUGAUCAAAAAUCUCGCGGGCCAGGGCGUGACGGUAGUUUUUGCCGCAGGGAACGAUGGACAAGACGUCAAGAAUACCUGCCUGGGAAAUAGCCCCGAUGUUAUCAAAGUUGGUGCAUAUGACAAGGACUUCAAUGCUUGGAAUGACAGCAACCACGGCACAGGUAUCGAUGUCUGGGCACCUGGGGUGAAUGUACGGUCCGUUCUUUCGCAGGCUGUUCUCGAAAGAGAGCGACGUGGUUGGGGCUGGCCCAAAGACACGCGCUCCGGGACAUCGCUUGCCGCCCCGCACGUCUCAGGAAUCAUCGCCGGCUGGAUGGCCGAAGAAGACGAGGGCCUAUCUCCAGCUCAAGUCCGGGAGAAAAUUGAUAAGCUCUCUUUUCAAGAUCUCCUGGGGCAUGGCGACUUUGCGAAAAAAGGAGUCCCGUCGGAUGAAUGGGAAUAUCGAUUGGCCAACAACCGAAUGAUCUACAAUGGUGCCGAUGGAGCCCCGCAGAAGAAGGGGUGA